AUGCCCGAAGAGAGUAUCAGCGAUCAGUAUCCAACGUGGGUUGGGCUCGUGUAUAUCUUCAACCUCAUCGUUGGAACAGGCGCUUUAACUUUACCAGCUGUAUUCAGUCGAGCAGGAUGGGCACUUGGAUUAAGUGUCAUUUUGGUGUUAGCGUUCAUCAGUUUUAUCACGGUUACAUUUGUCAUAGAAGCAAUGGCAUCUGCCAAUGCUAUCGUUAUGUGGAGGCAUUCUCAGCAUCGAAAACGCGUUUUACAGACGACAGGUGAAUCUGCUCCUUCCAAUUCAGAUUCGGAGGACACUCCAUUGGUAGCUCCUCCUUUGACCAGUCCAGAUCAUUCGGAUAUGGCUUGUAGAUACUAUGUGAUUUGUGAUAAAAUAGAAAUGGGACAGAUGGCAUCCAUCUUUUUCAACAGAUUUGGCACCACUCUAUUUUAUUUAUGUUUUGCCAUAUAUCUAUAUGGAGAUUUAAGCAUUUAUGGUGCGGCAGUCGCAAAGUCACUAACAGAUGUCGCCUGCACUUAUUUGCCAAAAAAUCUUACAUGCAAUGACACCGUACCAGAUACUGAACUUUGUUGGGAAGAUUCUAUGUUUAAUCGACUGGAUGCAUAUAGAAUGUUUUUGACUAUGUUCGUAUUAUUAUUGGGUCCCUUCGUAUUCUUCAAUGUUCAAAAAACCAAGUAUCUUCAACUACUGACUUCAAUAAUGCGAUGGUUCGCAUUUACUAUAAUGAUUGUAUAUGCUGUAAAAAGUCUUUUUGUACACGGCCCUCGUGGCAAUCCACCUAUCGCAAAUUUAGCCGGAAUUCCCAGUCUUUUCGGUGCUUGCAUUUACUCCUUCAUGUGUCAUCAUUCGUUACCGGCCUUGGUUGCACCAAUAACGAAUAAGUCUAAACUUAAUCGAUUUCUAGCUCUCGAUUAUACCCUAAUCGCUCUCUUUUAUUUACUAUUAGCUCUAACUGGUAUCUUCGCCUUCGAGCGCUUGGAUGAUCUUUAUACUUUGGACUUUGGACCACGUGGUUUAGGCAAUUGUUCUAAGAGUGACAAUAUUUUUAUGCUUCUUAUGGAAUAUUUCUUAGCCCUUUUCCCGGUAUUUACUUUGAGUACCAGUUUUCCCAUUAUAGCAAUUACACUCCGAAAUAAUUUACAGGCACUCUUUUUAAAAGAGGAUACGUCCUACAAUUUAUGUCUUCGAAAACUCGUCUUCCCCGUCUUGGCGGUAAUACCACCGUACCUGAUAGCAAUUAUUACCAAAGAUCUGUCAAUAUUAGUUGGUAUCACAGGCUCGUACGCUGGAGCAGGGAUACAAUAUUUAAUACCUACGUUUUUAGUUUAUUAUGCCAGGCAAAAGACUAACAAAGUUAUCGGCCUUGGGGUCAUGAACAAAUUCGCAAGUCCUUUCUCGGGCAGGUAUUGGUUAAUUUUUGUUGUAGUAUGGGCUAUUACUUGUAUGAUUUUAGUAUCGGUGAAUUUCAUGCAAAUACAUUUGCAAUCUUGGGUCAGUUAAUAAGAAAAUCAAUAUGAUUUAUGCCACAAAAAAGAAGAGAACUUGAUGUUCGUGCUAAAAGCUCUAUCAUAGAGAUGAAUGCAGGAUGUUUACAAGAAAUUUGAUUACGGAUAUCCAUUGAUAAGUUUCAAAAUUUCUCAACAGCAAAAAUGUGGAUAUUAGAAUUACCCAGAGCCAACAGUCAGUCGAUAUUGGUAUAAACAUCGAGCAUGUGAAUUGAGUAACUGAAGUGAUAAAAACGAGAUA